GUCCUGUAAGUGAAAGAAGAUGGGGUCUGGCUGUCUAAAAGUCACCAAGUACUUCCUCUUCCUCUUCAAUCUCCUGUUCCUUAUCCUGGGCGCUGUGAUCCUGGGUUUUGGAAUAUGGAUUCUGGCUGACAAAACCAGUUUCAUUGCGGUUCUACAGAUGUCAUCUCCCUCCCUGAAGACUGGUGCAUACAUCCUCAUUGGUGUUGGGGCUCUCACCAUGCUGAUGGGGUUCCUCGGCUGUCUUGGAGCAGUCAAUGAAAUCCGAUGUCUCUUGGGUCUGUACUUCACCUGCCUGAUGGUAAUCCUCAUAACUCAGGUUGCUGCUGGUCUGGUCAUCUACUUCCAGAAAGAAAAGCUGAAAGAAGAGGUGUCCCACAUAAUUGGAAAUCUGAUUAAGAAUUACAACCCUUUGAAUGAUGAUGAGAGGAAUUUACAAGUUGCAUGGGACUAUGUGCAAACACAGAUCGCCUGCUGUGGCUGGGCUGGAGCAAAGGACUGGGAAAAUAAUGAGAUUCUUAUCAACCAAAGCAUGACAGCAUAUCCCUGCUCCUGCUCCAAUAUCUCCAAGGACUUAGAGGUAUCUAGGGGUUUCUGUAAGCUGGAUGUCCCUGUCAACGGCACUGCAACAUAUGCUGACUGGCCUGUUCAUGAGCAGGGAUGCAUGGAUGGUGUAGAGAAGUGGUUGAAGGACAACCUUGGUGUCAUUCUUGGGGUCUGCACUGGUGUUGCUGUUAUAGAGCUGCUGGGGAUGAUACUGUCCAUUUCGCUCUGCAAGAACAUACACAGCGAAGACUACACCAAAGUGCCCAAGUCUUGAGUUGGCUGACUCCAGAGCUACAGCACCACAGAGAAAGGAGCAAACAGAACAUUCCUGCCUCAUACCCAGACUGUCCAACUAUUGACCAUUCUUGUGACAUCCCAUUUCUGAUACCACUCUGCUAAGAACUGUUAGAGCUGCAGUACAGCCUGAUCUUCUGGCAAUAGGGCCCUUGCAUCCUGCCUCUGGAUUAUUUCUACUUCAAGAAGCAGAACUUAACUGUCUUGUAUCACAUGAGACA